UUCCUCGAUUUGAUCCUGAGAUCCCCUAUAACUCAUCUCAAAAGCACGUGCAAAGUGUUCAAUACAGUGAUACGUUACAAACUUCACAGUUGCGCUUCGUUUUGAACCUGUUUCAAGUGGAGUGUACCUCAUGAGUAUGUACAAAUAAACGUUUUUGUAAUAUAAAAUUCUUUUAAACAAAUACUCACCAUAAACAGAAGAUUGAAGUAUCAUAUACUGAAAAAGAAAUGUCUGAAAAGUUGCGAAGAUAUGAGAAAAUUGAUUUCUUGGGGGAAGGACAGUUUGCCACUGUUUAUAAAGCCAAAGAUAUCGAGACGGGCAAGAUUGUUGCUGUAAAAAAGAUUAAAGUUGGAAGUCGUGCAGAAGCUAAAGAUGGUAUAAAUAGGACAGCAUUAAGAGAAAUCAAAUUGUUACAAGAACUGAAACAUGAUAAUGUCAUUGGUUUAUUAGAUGUAUUUGGUUACAAAUCAAAUGUUUCUUUGGUGUUUGAUUUCAUGGAUACAGAUUUAGAGAUAAUAAUAAAAGAUAGUAAUAUAGUUCUAACAGCUGCAAAUAUCAAAGCAUAUAUGAUUCAAACUUUACAAGGCUUAGAUUAUCUCCAUCAUAAUUGGAUACUUCAUAGGGAUUUGAAACCAAAUAAUUUGCUUGUCGAUGCAGAAGGGGUUUUAAAAAUUGGUGAUUUUGGUUUGGCUAAAUUUUUUGGUUCACCAAAUAGAAUAAAUACACAUCAAGUAGUGACAAGAUGGUAUAGAGCACCUGAAUUGUUAUAUGGUGCAAGAUUAUAUGGAACUGGAAUUGAUAUGUGGGCAGUUGGUUGUAUAUUGGCAGAACUCCUAUUACGUGUUCCAUUUCUACCUGGAGAAUCUGAUUUGGAUCAGCUUACUAGAAUAUUUCAAACAUUAGGUACACCCACAGAAGAGACAUGGCCAGGAAUGACUGAACUACCAGAUUUUAUUCAGUUUAAGCCUUUUCCUGGAACUCCAUUAAAACAUAUAUUUACCGCUGCUGGCGACGAUCUCCUAGAUCUAAUUGCUAGUCUGUUAAAUGUAAAUCCUUUAGAAAGGUGUACAUGUGAUCAAGCUCUUCAGAUGCCAUAUUUUAGCAACAAACCAGCACCUACUCCUGGACCAAGGUUACCCCUUCCUACAUCCGUAAAACGUCAACCAGAGGAAAAACCUAGUCUGAAAAGAAAACUAUUAGAAUCGAUGGAUGGUGCUUCGCUUGCGAAAAGAUUACAGUUUUAACUAUAACUUUAAUUAGAAUUAAUUAUGGAUUACUACAAAUAGUAAUUCAUUGUGAUUGUUUUUGUUAUCGAUUUUACAAUGAAUUAUCAGUGUAGUAUACAAUAUAAAAAAAUAUGCAAAAAUAGAAUGAUUUGUGUAAAUAUGUAAUGUAUAGAUUAAAAUUAUAAAAUGUAUUAAGUAGAUAUUUAAUAACGAAAUAGCGCGAUUCCAUACAUUAAAGAAUAAAUAAUGUAUUUUUGUUACAAAAUCAUUACAGAAACGAUAAAAAUUGAAGUUAUGUAUGAAAUGCAUAAAUGUUUUGUAUAUUUUUACAGUUUUUGUAUUUACAGAAUAUACUGUUUAUAAUAUACACAAACUUAGAGGACAGGAAUGUUACAGGUUGAAAUAAUAAUACAUAUUUGAAAAAUACAACAUUAUGCUGCAUUACUUUUAUUAACUUAAAAACUAGUAAGAAAUGUUUGAUACGUGAACAAUUUUGUAACUUGUGAAAUAUUAAAUUUCAAUAGCGUAAAGAGGUAACUCGUUGAUAACAAAUGAUUAAAACUGUAAUCGUAUUUCGUAGCAUCUUUGCAGCUAGUUUAAACAUUUGUUUUUCACAAUAAGUACAAAUAUUA